GAACCCUUCUUCCCCUCGUCAUUCCUUCCUUUCCACUUCAGCUCUUCUGUCGCUUGCCUUCCCUUGGUCAAAGUCAAAUUUCAAAUAGUCUUUGAAAUGAGAUUCGCAACUUUGCUUCAGCUCCUUGCAGGAGCCGGUCUUGCCCAUGCCUCUCCAGCGCUUGAGAAGAAAGCUCAAGUGGAGAAACGCGACAUCCAAGUCACUUACAAAGACUGCGACGUGAUCACUCCGAAGGUUUUCAUUAUUUCUAUGUUCUCCCCCGAAGCCGAUAUCUGGUACACGAAUGCACAUACAAAGGGCUCAAUUGGCGACUUGCUCGCUCACAAUGUUACCGUCCCCGGGUUCUCUCCUCUCUUUCCACAGGCACAUUGUCUGAAAGAUGGCUCUGUCUGCCAACUGACAACUGGCGAAUCCGAGAUCAACGCAGCCUCGACCAUCACAGCCCUCGUCCACUCCCCCCUCUUCAAUCUGAAGUCCACCUACUUCCUCAUCGGUGGCAUCGCGGGCAUCAACCCUAAAUACGGCACCCUCGCCGACGUAGCCUUCAGCAAAUACGCCAUCCAAGUCGCCCUACAAUACGAAUUCGACGCCCGCGAGAUCCCUUCAAACUAUACCACCGGUUACGUGCCCCAAGGCGCAUACGCACCUAACCAAUACCCCGGUAGCAUCUACGGCACCGAAGUCUUCGAAGUCUCCGAGACUCUCCGCGAUAUCGCCGCCUCGUUCGCCUCGUCCGCAAAGCUUAACGACAGUGCUGCAGCCAUCGCCUACCGCGCACACUACACCGACAACGGCGUCUCUAUCUACAAAGCCGCCACCAAAGCCCCCGGAAUCAUCAAGUGCGACACCGCGACCUCGGACGUCUACUUCUCCGGCGCCCUGCUCGGCGAAGCCUUCGAGAAUACCACUACACUCUUCACCAACGGUUCUGGGAUUUACUGCAUGACGGCACAAGAAGACAACGCUACACUCGAAGCCAUGAUCCGCGCCGCCAAGGACAAACUCCUCGAUUUCGCAAGAAUCAUUAUCAUGCGCACAGCAUCCGACUUCGAUCGUCCGUACCCUGGCCUGAGUGUCCUCGAUAACCUCUUCUAUUCCGAUCAAGGCGGCUUCCUCCCCGCCAUCCAAAACAUAUACCUAGCGGGCACUCCGGUGGUACAAGGGAUUCUAAAGGGCUGGGAUUCCAAGUUCAAGAAUGGAGUGACCCCGAAGAAUUACAUUGGGGAUAUUUUUGGGACGCUUGGGGGGACGCCGGAUUUUGGACCGGGGAAUGUUUUUGGGGGCGCCUCGGCGAAGCGUGACGUCGAAGAGGUGCAGGAUCGGAGGAGUAUGUAUAAGAGGAAGGGGAUGCUUGGAGCCGAGAUUGCGAGGAGGGCGAAUGGAGCGGUGAGUGAGGAGUGAGUUGCGGUGUGGAAGGGUUGCUUUUAUCUUGCUUUUUUCCCUGCCUUGAUCGUUCAAGCUUUUGGUGGGCUUGCAUAUACGGGUGGUUGCCUGUUUGGAGGGCGAGAUAUUCGUAAUGCAUAUUUAUCCAUGGCUCUAAUUUUAGCUUUGGAAAGGGUACGCUUGGAUAUUGGCCAAAUGGCUUGAGUUAGGUGAUAUCAGUGAAUUAGUUGGUGGUUUCGUGCUUGGUAGACAUAUCCGCACUUAGGACAUAAUGAAUUUAGAUGAGCCAAAAUGCA